GUCUCUUAUAGCUGCGCGGUUGAGGCAGACGUGAUGGAUCCAGGCUAAAUCAGCCUUUGAUAAUCCAAUCCUUCACUCCAAGAUGUCUUUCAAUUGGCAUGUUUACCUCUCAGAAACUGGAGCUGAAAUAUCUCCGGCCAGCUUGUUUGACCAUGUUUGCCAGAGCCUGCAUCCAUUAAUUCGAGAAGGCGAAACUGUUGAGGUUGCUUCGCAUUUUUCUGCAAAUGCUCUGGAAUCGCACGCCUCAAAAUGGUGGCCUGCUGAAGUUGUUUCUAUUUCCGGUCACCUGAUUCUAUUCAAAUGGUGCCUUCCUGAUUCUGCCUCCUCAAAUCACACAGAUCAGUCCAUAUCACUUACCGAGGCUUCGUGUUCAUCGGUCAAUGGCUUCUGGUUCGAUGUUAAAGGUCGUGAUUGGAGCAUCAUCCGCCCGAUCAGUGCAGUGCAGCGCAUCGGAAUAGAUUGGUCUCCGCCCGCUCAUCUUUCUCACUUUACUUCUGAAGCGGAGUUUGCAGUACCUACCGAUUGGGUAGAAAGUUUGAAAAAGCGCUCUGUUUUAAACAUUUUCUUCGAACAACGGGUUUUAUAUUAUUAUGAAACAAUCCAAGUAGGUGGCUACCUCGAGUGCGAGCACGAAGAUAACCCCGGCUCUGUUUGGCCGACAAAGGUUCUAAUGAAUGUGGGUGGACGCGUUAAGGUGUCGUGGUUCGGAAUGGACGACAAAAUGAUGCCCACAGGAUCUUCUAAAGAUGGUUCAACACUCACCCUGUUUUAUCUGCAUCGGCGCGUUCAUCCAUUAGGCUGGGGGAAAUUCCACGGUCUCACGUACUCUCCUCCACCUGGAUUGAUGCCAGACCGAAAAAUUUCCAAUUUGGAUGCUUUUAUCCGGAACGCUCUUUCAGCAUUUGUUCACUUAUCCGGCGAGGACGGUCUCUUGGACUUAAAAAAGAUUCGUCCCGGACACCCUCUGUACCGUACUGAUCCCCCGGCACAUGAGUUCAAAGUCGGUUGGAAACUGGAAGCAGUCAACCCAAGGAUGCCUUAUACCGUUCAACCCGCAACAAUUGCUGAGGUGUUCAAUUCACGUUAUUUUCUCGUGGAAUUGGAUGACCUUAUGCGAGGCCUGCCUGGCUGUAAAUAUGAGCAGAAGAACGAAAACCAACGAUCACCUUCGGAAGCUGCUCACAUUCGCUUCGUUUCCCACGCCUGUUCCCCGGAAAUUAUGCCCGUGAAUACGAGUCAGCUACGGGGAUUGCAUUUAGUCCCUCCACCCGGUUGGCCCUCUACUAGGCCUUUCACUUGGACCAACUACCUAACUUUCCUCUCUGGUGCGGAACAGCUCCGUCCAGUUAAACUUGAAAAUGGCUCAUGCAAAUCCGCAUCCACAGCCAUUCAUUCCUCCCCAUCCACAGAGCAGACGUUUGAGUUGAAACCCGAUACUUCGGAACCUGUACAUAGUCCACCAAAUGAUUGCUCUUCAAUGACAUCAACCAAUACUUUAUUUUGUCCUUCGGAAUCUGUUUUCAAAGGAAUACCGGUUUCUCAUGUACCUUUUCCUGACACAAACUCGAAUGCUCAUUCACAGUCAAAUCUCAGUAUGAACCCCCCAUUCGUCUCCCCCAGUGAUCCACCGGAUAUCGAACUAAACACUUACAUCAACGACCACAAUCAAACUCGAUUCCUUUUAGGCAUGAAACUCGAGGUUGUUAUCCCUGAUUUUGUGCCAAAAACCGAUGACACAGUGUCUGACAUUGGCCCCAAACUAUGUACAGCCACCGUUACCAGAGUAGACGAACCGCAUUUGCUGUGGCUUCUGUUGGACAUUCGUGAUCCGUCUACUGAUAAACCCAUCAAUCCCAUUAUGGUGGAUGGACGUUCAACUGAUCUGUAUCCAGUCGGUUGGGCCGAAUUUGUUGGCCAUCCCAUUGUUCCUCCCGCCGGUUAUGGUGACUUUUGCGCGAAUGAAUCCCCUGGUGAUUCUGCGCAAGUUCUACCCGAUCGUAAGGUUGACGAAUCGUCCUUAUUAUGGCACGUGAAUCUCCGGCCAACCCACGACUUGCAGUAUCUGAAGGUCGCCUACGGCUCGGAAGAGUUGUGUCCCGCAGUGUACAUUAAUACGAAGUGCUACCUUGGACCGUUUUUGUGCAGAGCGAGUUUGGACUUGAUUCCACAACGUUUCGGACCAGGACCCACAGCACGCGUUAUGCACAGCUUACUCACCCGCUUGGUCAACGUGGCAUACAAACCAAUCCGUAUACUUCGUAUGUUUGAAGCCGAUUGGGUCAGUGGACUGUCAUCAGCCUUAGCGAACUUCCGUUCCGCGGAGCGAACAGCUGGAAUAAAUCAUACCUUUGGGUAUGCUUCCCGUGGCCGCUUUACUCUCCAGUCGGCCAAAGCGAAUAUGAGGCAAGCGGAACGCGAAGCCUUGGAGCAACGCCGGACCAAUAUGCGUGUAGUACUGCUGAGUGUUCGCUGUCCCCGACGGGGCGUGAAGAUAGAAGCUCCUGUGGAGGUGUGUUGCAAAGCCCGAGCAGUGGAAGAAUUUUGUAGGCAGGUAUCCCUGGUCUUGGAAGCUUGCCCGCAUCUAAUCAGCCUACACUCCCCUAUACGAGUGUCAACUGGUAGCUUGAACCCCGUCAGCGCCAAAUCCACGGUGUCAGUUCCUUCUCUGCCACCAUUUCCAUCUGGUCCCAAGCAGCUGGACUCCGUUAACUUCUUUGAUGCGAGUUUCGGGUACAUGUUGGACACUCCGACUAGUUGUGAUUGCCCCUCAUUCUGUGGAAGCCGAAUGCGUUCGCGAACUUUGGACCGCCUACCUGGAUGGAAGAGGCGCAUGUUCGCCUCCUUACGCCCCUUUGGUGUGCAGCCACCUACUUCAGGAGGGCAAGGACAAUCUUCCAGUCGUGGAUCCAACGCCUUGUUUGCAAACGGAUUGCGAACCCGUUCCGCUGCAGCAGCAGCAGCAGCACAGCGCCAACACGUACUCAGUGGAGCACUUUCUCCCAUGCGUCAGUUUUCCGGUGUAUCCAAUUGCUUGCCCAUUAGCAGAACAACAAAACGCCACAGAGGACGUGUUUCAGGUCGUUUUCGUGAUCCGCCUGUCCGUCGAACACCGGGGCAGUUUGGCACAGAAUGUGAAAUAAACGCAAAUGCUGCAUGCGGCUUAAAGAGACAUUACAAUGUCAUCGGUAGUCAAAAGCCUGCUCAAGAUCGGGAUGUGGCGCCUCUGGCGAAUGAACAACAGAUUGUUGACACUGCUGCAGCCAAUAGGAACACAAUUAACCAAAACACCUCACCUCAUUGUCUGUAUAGGCACCAUCCUUGGAUCAACCACCAAAUUCCCUAUGUUACUUCCUCCGUUUGCUCAUCCCAUCGUUAUCGCCUAAGUAAUCGCCCCUUUUUCACUCAGGACCAUUAUCUUCAAGAUAGCAGUUUGAAUGCAAUUCUUUCCGACGCUCCCCAUGUCACCCUGUCCAGCAAUCCUCUCUUCUGGUCACCAGUUGAUUUGGCGUCCUAUCUCGGAGAAACGGAUUGUCGAGAGAUGUGGCCCUGGCUAGCUGCUGAGGCAGUGGACGGUCAGGCAUUCAUGCUUUUGACUCUUCCUGUUCUACACCAUCUUGUCGGUUUGCGAUGGGAAGACGCUGUCCGGUUAGCACGCCAUGUGACUUCUGUCAAACGUGCUUUCAUGGAACAGUUUAGCAGUGACACCAACGAUAUUAAGACCUCAUGAUCUCCUCCAGUUUUUCUCAUUUCAUUUCUUUCCGUUCAGACCUCCACCUGCAAACCUUCCACUUUGAUCACUCCCGUACUCGGCCUCCUGCCUUCUGACCAUUAUUUGGCCAUUUGCGUUGUGCAAUCGUACGCCAGACGCACUCGGACGCUCAGUUUCUUCCUCAGCAUCAUUUGCAGGACAAUGUAACUUUGUACAUAAAAUGAAAUGUGUAAUAUGUCUGCACCUCCAAGCGUAUUCCUUAACUUCAAGUGUACAUUGUUUGUCACAUGCUCAAUAGCUCUGUGUGAUCGAUUUUUUCCACAUACACUGUAUUGAUUGCAUUCAAACCUUCUAUUCCGUAUCCACCUGUGUGUGUGUCCUUCCGGCCUCCUAAAGUGCGAUGUAUCGGACAGCGUACCAGGCUGGGUUACUGUCCAUUUUUUACAGCAUCGGACAGAAACCACUUUUGAACUGGGCUACGUGUACCAAGGCCGGAAGUAUCAGACGUAUUGCUGAUCCCGAUAUACGGUCGCUUACUUUGGAUAUCCGGUCCACCAAUGUGACCACGACAUACAUUGAAUGUCCCAGCGAUCCGGAAGAGACGUUAGGGAUCCGAAUGCCAAUUUUCGUGCUACUAUUUAAAAACAUGAAUCGGUAUUUUUCGUUCCAAAUCGAAGUGACUGAUUACGGAGGUGUCAAACGACGAUUCAGAGCGAGCAAUUUUAACAAAAUCACUACAAUCAGGCAGUUCGCCACAAAUAUGCCGCUGGUACUACAUCCAGGGUGGAACACGGUCGUAUUCGAUCUGCAAAGGCUCAUGGAAUAUUGCUAUAGGCAGCGAUUAUUGGAGGUGAAUCGCGUCAGGGUACAUGCGAACUGUCGUCUGCGGCGGAUUUAUUUUUGUGACAGGCCGUAUGCGGAUUCCGAGCUCCCUAAGGAAUACAAAUUACAGUUGCUGCCUAAUUUACCCAAAUGAUUCGCAAGCUCCACUUUUCAUCGAACAACAUUGAAUAUAAUAUGGAAAUUUGCUUUGACCGAAAAGAGACAAUGGGCACCGCUGUUAAUGCGGGGCUGAUGCAUUGUGGUGUCAUCGAACCAUCUCGAACCCUUUGUUGGACCAUCUCCACUUCUCCAUUUAGUGGACCAGUUUUUACCUAUUAUCUCUCUUUCGGUUUUAUGUGGAACUAACUGCGGAAUAUUUCUGAACUGAUAGUAAACUCCGUAGAACCAAGUCAAUCAUGCAGAGAAUCGGGUCUCAUAAAUGUUAACAAAGGUGGACCUAUCUUAUUGCCACCUUACUGUUCGUUGCCCAAGUAAGCGUUACUUGAAAUGUUGAAAGGAAAGGGACAGCGCGGAAUGUUCACUUUUGUUUUGGCUGAUAGGGAGCAUUGUUGUUUCUGAAUGACGUGAAAAAGAAGGCUUGAUAAAGGGGCAGGUUCCGCCUUGAAUUGUUGUUCUACUCGAGUCGAUGAUCCAUCUGUUUGAUCCAGAUUAUCGGAAUGACGUUUCUUUCGUGAAUAUCCUCGGAUCGCGUACUCCACAGUACCGAAACGGGUAAUAGUCAGUACACAGCAAUAGUGUGCUGCCAUAUAACUUACGGCCUCUACGCCCCGUCUUCGUUUCCUCUCUGCUGCAUGAGUGUGAACACCCCUGUGGUCUAUCGCUUGUGAUUGCAAGGUGGCGAAACAUCGCGCGGAAACCCACCGCAUGAGUUUUGUUCGAAUGUAAACAGUUUACUGCAGUGCACGAGGCCGAACUCGCUGUCGCUGUGUAAGCUACGUCUCAAGCGUUUCGCAAGGUGGUUUGUAUUUUACCACAAGUGUUUCUGUUGCUUUCGACAGGGAAACCGUCCUGAUUAUGGACAUUCUUUAACUUGAGCUUGCGUCUUCCUCAUUUGGUUGGUUUCUCGAAUAAGACCCAGCGAAAUUAGCGAGGGAGCUUGACCUAGUCGAUACCUGUAUUACUAUUCAUUUAACGUCGCAUGUACCCGACAUGCAAACGAAACACUACACAUGCUCCGUAUUACAUAGCUCAUUUGCAGCGCUAGUACCUGUUCUGAAAUCUUAUUUUUCAGAUUUUUCCACUUUAUCCGUUUUCUUUGCGUUUACUUAAAAAGAUGGUCUGUUGGGAACCUCCUACAUUGCGUCUUGUAAUUGCCACCAUAGGCCGUACGUGGUUCACACAACAGCU